GAUUCCCCUUCUGCUGCCUGCCACAGCCACUGCGAUCUCGCUCACUGCUUAAUGGCUUCCUCCGCCGCCGCUCUCCUUCUCAUGCGGGGCGCCCCGCUGCGCGCCCGAGUCCUGCGCGCGACCGCGGCGGCCCUGCCCCGGCGCUUCGCCUCGGGCCUCGUUUCGACCGACGAGUUCGUCUCGCCCCCGGCCGCUGCGUCCGCCGGUGAGGGUGCCCCGGCCACGUCUGGCGGCCCUAAAGGGCCAGUUGCGCCGCUGUAUAUGCAGGGGGUGCCGUGGGAGGAGCAGCCAGAGUACAGGCGAUGGAAGGAUAAGGAGGAGGAGAUCCUUAAGGACAUCGAGCCCAUCAGGAUCCUCACCAAGGAGAUUCUUCACUCCGAUAGAUACGGGGAUGGGGAGCGUUUGAGCGCUGAAGAUGAAAAGGAAGUCAUAGAAAAACUUCUCACUUAUCAUCCUCAUUCAGAAGAUAAGAUUGGUUGUGGUCUUGAUUCUAUAAUGGUCGAUCGACAUCCACAAUUCGGAAACUCAAGAUGCCUCUUUGUUGUACGAACUGAUGGUGGCUGGAUAGACUUUUCAUACCAGAAGUGUCUUCGAGCAUACGUCAAACGCAAGUAUCCAUCACACGCGGAAAAGUUCAUUCGUGAGCAUUUCAAACGUAGCUGAAGGUUUUAUUCUACCGGACACAUUUGUAACAUCUGUUGUCAUUCCCAAGAGUUGCCUGGAUCUUUCAUAUGGAUGAGAUAGUGAUCUCUUAAUCCUUUCUUUCUGCGCUAUGAACCCUCAGAUGUUCGUGAUCUGAUGACCAAAUGGAGUGAUGAUUUUGCAGUAGCAGCUGUAAUCAUUUUGAUGAACACAGAUGUAAUUGAUCAAAAUGCUUUAAAGUAGUCCCUUAUGAUUUUCCA